GAAGAAAGUUGAGUGGGACGGUGACACGAAACGGAGUUGCAGAGCCAAAAUGUAAUGAACUCUAUUGUUUCUCAAUUGACCUCCUUUUAAUUCCUCAGCCGUCGACGGCGUUGAUUCAUCGGCGGUCAGCUUCGGGAAAUGAUGUCACCGGGAUCAAUGUCUCAGGAUCGAGGAUCUUCUCCUCAUUUCAGGCAUACACCGUUGCAGAUAAUCCACAUGCUUGGAAAUUUCUUUCGGAUAUGGUCAAUCUAUUCGAUGUAUCGCUAUUUUUCUCAGGCUGGAGCUUCAGUUGUACUUUUUCUCUUUUGUUGUUUGGGCCCAGCAGCCAUUAUAUUUUUGACUUUGCAAAAGCCAUGGAAGGGAAAGCCCCUUCCAAAUACCCAGGUAGUUCCUUCUGUGAUAAAUGGUGGCAUAACAGCUUUGUACUUUAUCUUGUGGGGAAAGGGUAUUAAAGCCUGUGGACCUCUGAGGGCUAUACUUGCGGAGUAUUCUGGUGCUGUCCUUGGAGUGCUUUCUGCUGUUUUGUAUGGUCGGAGGGGCUUUGUUUGGAAAAAGGUUGGCGGUCUCGUUGCGAUGCUGGUAUCUUUCUACUUAUUAUCACAAGGGUGGGCCAUGGCCACACAUUUUCCCUUCUCUGCUAAAGAUGGCUCCGACGCUGAGAAUCAGACAGAACAAGUGUUGGGUUUGAAAGAAAUGGCAAUUCCUAUCUUUGCUGGAAUAUUAUCAACAUUGAGAAGGGUCAUUGCUCGGCGUGUUUCACUUAAGAACCAACUUAAAAGACGACUCCAUUCUAUAACAAUGGCUUCGGCGACUUGUUUUCUCUUUCCUAUGGCCAUGUGGGACAUGAUAAUUGGAUCAACUUCGGACAACGACAGAGAGCUUCCUUUCUCCACUUGGGCAUUUAUAAGCACUACAAUAUUCGGUGUUAUUCUUAUAUUCUACGUUGACAGCAUUGCUGAAGAGAGAUUGCACAUGGUUUUUUCUUCUCCAAGACAUUUGGUGGUAGCUGGUGGAAGCAUCAUUCUUCUGGAGAUUGUAUACAAGAUGGAUUUUUCUCUAGUUGGCUUUGUUAUCUGCUGCUCAAUUUUGGGGUUUGGGAUACAUGAAGCAACUUCUUUAGACCGCAGUAGAAAAGAUUCUUCUCGGAAUCAUGAUACAUCAAAUGGACUGUUGGACGACCAAGAUCAGCUAUCUUCCCUACCAACCUGAUUUAGAGAGAACUUUGUGAGCUUAAUCAGGGAUCCAAGAAUGGAUGUUUUGUGACUAUUACCCCGAACGAAGCCUUUUUUUUAUUUGGCUGCCAACCGUGCUGCACUCUAAUGCAUCAUGCAAAUGGACACAUUGGUCUCGCAUUCCUUGCCUUAAUGCCGAGUACGAUCUGCUUUGCAAGCAGCCUCAAUUUUUUUGCUGAAAAUAUGUAGCGCUGACCAAUUGUAAGGUCCUUGAAACUUGUAUCCUUAGCCUCUAAUUUACGUCUUUAUUUGAUCUGUACUUUGUACUUCAAACUUUACUGAUCCAUGGACUGAUGAUAAUUUUCAUAUAAAGGAAUUUCUUUGUUCUA